UUGUCACGUUUAGCCUUUGAGUCAGGAAUAAAACACGCAGAACUUUUCAUCAAAGAAAGCGUAAAACAUAUUGACGAUAUGAGUUCAAAAGUAACAACACAAAAAGCUAGUUUCGCGAAAAAGUAUUACAUAGGAGUAAUAGAUACUAAAAAUAAAAAUCAUGCUAAAAUGACAGCUUUUUUGAAUAAAUUGUUAUACGACAUGAUUAUAAAAGAUCGAAUGGUGGUUAUCGGAACUCCUUACGUUGAAAAUCUUGUUGUAGCUGCUUAUGGAUCAAACUAUGUGAAAUCUGAUGAAGUUCUUUCUACAGUUUAUAGCGGAUAUGCCAUGAGAAAAGGAUUUCCGUAUAAAAAACAAUUUAACAAAGUAAUACGAAGAAUAUUUGAGACAAAACUUUUUAAAAAACGAACAGCUAUUAAUGUUCCCAGUUUUGAAGAUGCGGCGAAACCUUUAUCCGUAGCAGAUUUAUACGGUGCACUUGGAAUCCUCGUUAUAGGAUACACUUUGUCCUUUGCUUGUUUCCUCACUGAAAUAAUUCUUGGAAAGUUACUCAAAUAGAAAUGUUGACUUAUAUGUUAUAGCAAUUUCGGAUUAACCUGCACGGCAUCGAUCUUUACAAAAUUUACAUAUGUGGAGGCAUUUAGCGAACAGCAACGCUGUAGAUGCUAUAAUAAAGUGUAUGUCUAAAGUAAUGUUACGUGACAUAGCUAUCUGAAGCCUU